AUGAUGUCAAAGGCCGCGUACAUGAUGCAGGACCAGCUGCGCAGGAACUGCACCCUCAUCACGGACGUGCAUAGCCCUAACGUGUUUGUCGUCCGCGGGUUUUUGCCAUUUCCACAGGGGCUCGCCGCGCUGGCGGUGCUCUUUCGCGGCAAGUUGGCCGCCGACGUGUACAGCCACCCCUACUUCAUUGAGAAGCAGAGUGACCCCUCCCAGCCUUCCCCGCAGCUGCACCUCACCGAGGAGUGCCAGAGCGUGAUGAAGAUCAUCAAGGGACUGCACUUCAUGCGGGACGACAGCAGUAAGCUGGACAACACGAUGGUGUUUCUGACGGACUACACGGUCGCGGCGAAGGGGAGAAUGCCGACCUUCACAAGCGACGCGGAAGAGGCGGCUGAGAGGGCGGAGCGGCAGCAACGCCUUGGAGAAGACGCUGCGGCGUGGGAGGAGCGCGCGCUGCGUCACCGCUGGCGCAAGACGGCGGCCAACCAACGCCACAGCAGCAGCGGCCACGGCGGUUUCUCCCACUUCGCCCAGAAUUCGCCGCUGCGCUCUCUCACGCGCCAAAGCCACUCCGCCGAGGAGGAGCAGGCGGCGUUAGAAAAGACACGCCGACUAGUUGAGCGGGACGGGGCCCACACUGUGCUUUACAAUCCUAUCGCAACCGAUCCCAAAACGUUUGGCGCGACUGUGCGAAAACUCAACGAGGAGGAGCGUGUGGUAAAAACCAUUGUUGUUCCUACACGACAGGCGUGGGGCAGUGUGAACGUGUGGGCAGAGGCGUUUCCGGACGCCGAGAUUCUCUGCAGCGGAGCCGCACACCCUCGUGGCGCGCCGCACCGGCCGCAACAGGCGGAGGAGCGACGUGUGGGCGGCUGCAUGGAUAUGGGCAACGGUGUCACAGGCCUCUCCUUCCCCGAGGUGGAAGCGGGUGAGUGCGCCAACGCGGAGGAGGUCAGCGACGCCGCCGCCGCCACUGCCGCCGCUGCAGACAGGGACAACGUCUGCAGGCUGUUCCUUCAACAUUCCCCUGCUUCUAACUGGCAGGACGCUGACGACGAAGUACGACGCUCGCCUCGCGUCCGUCCGCUUGGCGACGUGUCUCAGCACCAUAUUACACCCAAUAUCGAUCUUGUGCGAGUUGCCGGCGAUGAUGAGACGAACGAGUACGUUAUUUAUGAUUCUGCCAGUGGAGCUCUUGCCUGCACGGACCUUUUCCAUGGCGAGUACGGUGACUUGGACCCCGUGAACACGUGGAUGUGCCGUGUGUGGUUCAAGUUUAUGAAGGGAGGAGAUUACAAACGCGUUGACGUGGUUCCACAACUAAAGUGGCUGCAGGUUAAGCGCCAUGGAAGCUUGGAGUUGCUGCGCUGCACUGUGGACAGGCUCACCAGGGAGCGACCUGUCAAGUAUCUCAUCUAUGCCCAUGGGACCCCACCCCGCAUAGAAAACCCCGCAGACGCUUUGCGCACGCAGUGGGGCAUGCCGCUCUUGGGACUCCAAGAGGCGAAGAAAAGGUGUGCCGAAGGCGUCCUGGAGAAGACGCAUGAAUGA